CCACAACAGGCCCCCCUCCGUAGCCAUUUUGGCUCAAGGCUCAACUGUUUCAGGCCAACGUCCAGCGACAUUCGGAUUCAAAGUGUUUCAAAGCAGCGAUGAACUCAUUAAUCGUGGCUCUUUUACCGAUUGGUGUAUUUGGAUCAUGCCCCUUCAUGGACAUUGGCACUCCUCCAAGUUUGAAGGCAGAAGUCAUUUCUGACAGUGACUUCAAGACAGCCCUAGAAGGACUAGACAUUGAGGCACUUGAGCAGGACCUCAGAGUCCUCAUGACAGACAGCCAGACUUGCUGGCCAGCGGAUGAUGGCCAUUACGGUGGUUUUAUGAUUCGCCUAGCGUGGCAUUGCGCUGGCACUUUUCGCACAUCUGAUCAGAAAGGUGGCUGCGGAGGUGCCAGAAUCCGCUUCCCACCAGAGUCAGAUUGGGAGGACAAUGGUAACCUUGAUAAGGCCCGUGCCCUUCUCGUUCCUAUCAAGCAAAAAUAUGGCGAUGCUCUCAGUUGGGGUGACCUCAUCAGUUUUGCUGGUACCGUUGCUAUCCGGGACAUGGGAGGCCCAACGAACCCGCACUGUUUUGGACGAGUCGAUGAUGCAGAUGGUAACAAGAGUGACAUUUUUGGCGUCACAGAUAGCUGGCAAGAUACGGACUGCGUUGUGCAAGGCAAUUGCCAGGAGCCAAUGGGUGCGGUGAAGGUUGGUUUGAUCUAUGUGAACCCUGAGGGGCCUUUGAACGACCCGAACGAUCUGAACAGUGGGCAAAACCCAGAUCCAGAGAAGAGUGCCGUCGAGAUUCGGGAGGUGUUCGGCCGCAUGGGGAUGAACGAUUCUGAGACAGCUUCGCUGAUAGCAGGUGGUCAUGCUUUCGGCAAGUGUCAUGGUGCCGGCGUUAUGACGAGUGGCUUCGAGGGGCCGUGGACGACAACUCCUUCUCAAUGGACCAACCAAUUCUUGACUGGAAUGCUUGAUGAGGAGUGGGAGCAAGUCGCAACUCCAUCUGGGUCGGCGGUGCAGUGGCAGACGAAGGACAGGACCAGCAUCUUGGCUGGAACCAUGCGUCUGACAGCAGACUUGGCUCUUGUGAACGAUGAUGCGUACCUGGCGUUAGCGAAACAUUGGGUGUGUGACCAGCAGAAACUUGACAUAGCGUUUGCCGCGUCUUGGAAGAAGCUCGUGGAGUCUGGCGGUGGAUGGUUGCCCGUGGAAGACAGGAGGUGUGAGCCUGAGUCCAAGGCGACGGGACAGCAAACAGACCCCCAAAAUAAUUUCCAUUCGGUGUGCGCCACGACGACCACUGAUGAUUCACAAGAAGCCAGCACUGCCACUAAAUUCUGUUUGUCGUUUUUGGCGGUGGUUUUCACCCCGUUCAGCCUUGGCGUGCACUCCUGGCUUGCGUAGACUUUCGCGCUUGUAUAGUGUAUGGGUUCCGAUGGAGCGAACGCGCAUGUGCGGGUUUUCACGAUAACUUUAGUAAUGGCGAGCUCCGUGGCACAGGCUGCGGGCAUUUGCGGCGCCGACUUUGAGUGCUGCUCGCCUCGUUUCGACGGUGAAUCGUGAUUCGAACAACUUCGGGCGACUGGGCCCCAGCGAGUGUCGUGAAAAGAGCGUGCUUUUUCAAGACUCCUGAUGGGGACUUCCGCCCGACCCCCUCUUGUGGUUGGCCCCUCCCCUUAGCUGCACUGCAUAAAUAAUUUUUUUUGUUUUUGGAGCCUGCGCGCGACCCGUAGCCCAGCGGUGGAUGCCCGCCAGGCCCCGACAAUGCCGUCUGGCACUCGAAUCAUGGUUGAUUUGGUUGAGCCAGUUCGAGCUCCAGCAACCUUGAAGCUGGCAUGCCUCUGGCGUGAAUGCGACGUGGUGUGAUAGGGAGUCGCACGAAAGCGCAACCAUGCGCGAACAUCACGUAGCACGUACCGCAGGAUCAAUUGCACACGUCAUUUGCAAGUUUGUGUUGUUCGGUAGCUUGCGUG